AUGUUUGAUACACAAUUUCGUCUUUCACCCGAACUAUUGGGUAAUGGUACAACAUCUGAUGAUUCAUCAUCGAAUGGACCAUGGCCACAAAUGUCACUUGAUCGUCUUCUUGAACAUCAUGAUUUAACACCGGCUCAACCAAUAUCAAUUAAUGAUUCAACAAAUAAUGAAUUUUGGUCAUCAUCAGCACAAUUUAAGGAAUUUUUUAAUAAUUAUCAUCGACAUAUGCAACAACAAAACCAACCAAUUGACAUAUCAUCAUUACUUUCAUCUUCACCGUCACCACCACCACCACUACAUCAACAACAUCAAUCACAACAACAACAUUAUCAAUUACCUCUUGUUGAUAAUCAUAUAUUUGAACCUCAACCUGAUCAACAACAAUUAUUUUUUGGUCAAUAUUCAUCUGAUAAUAAUCCAAUAUCUUUCAGACGAGAUUCAAUGCAUUAUCAACAACAACCGCAACCAUACACCAAUCGUUCCCGACAACCAGCAAAUAUUCAUCGACAACAACAACAACAACAACAACAGUAUAAUCGAACUGCACCACCAGUUCUUCAAAUACCUAAUGACGAUCAUUAUCAACAACAACAGCAACAGCAAGCAAUUGGUCCACCACGUUUUAAACAAAAUCAACAUCCAGCUUAUGUUGCUUGUUUAAAUCAUGGUAUUAACUAUAAUGGUAUAUCUGGUCCACCUAUACUUUUGCCACCAUCAUUUUAA